CUUCUUCUUCAAGUUGGUCUCUCCUCGAGCCUAUAAACAGUACUCACCAAAAGCCUCAGGCAUCAUCUCUCUCUCUCUCUCUCUCUCUCCUCUCGCCCUCUGUAACGGCAAACUAACUUCAACAGUCGCCAGCGCCCACGCGUUCAUGGCCGUCUCCUUCUCGGAUGCCUCUCAUCCCAUGGCGAUCGGCGGCAUUUCAUCACCGGAGGCGCUGUCAGUCCGCGGCUGCUCCGCCGUUCCUCUCCCGCACUGACCGCGCGAUCGACAUGCUCGCCGACUACUCCCCGUCCGCCGCCGCCGCCGCCGCUUCCGCCGCCUUCUUCCCCCGCCGCCGCAGCCUCCUCGUCUGCUUCCUCCUCCUCCUCUUCCUCUCGCUCUACUGGUUGAUCCUGUACGGUGCCAAAGUCGAGAGCUCCCUCGAAGCUAGCGGCUCCUCUCGGUAUUCCGAGAAAUACAGGCUCGAAAAUGUUUUAAAGGAUGCUGCGAUGAAAGACAGAACUGUUAUCUUGACAACUCUAAAUGAAGCAUGGGCUGCUCCCAACUCCAUCCUCGAUCUCUUCCUCGAAAGCUUUAGAAUUGGAGAUGGAACUCGCAGGCUCUUAAAACAUCUGGUGAUCGUUGCAUUGGACAAGAAGGCCUUUCUACGGUGUGUUGCUGUGCAUACUUACUGUGUUGCUCUAACCACUGAGGGAGUUGAUUUUUCGGCAGAAGCAUACUUCAUGACUCCUGAUUAUUUGAAGAUGAUGUGGAGGAGGAUUGAUUUCUUGCGUUCUAUUCUUGAGAUGGGGUACAAUUUCAUCUUCACGGAUGCUGAUAUAUUGUGGUUUAGGAACCCAUUUCCAAGAUUCUUUGAGGAUGCAGAUUUCCAGAUCGCAUGCGAUCAUUUCCUAGGCGACCCUUAUGAUAUUCAGAACAGACCCAAUGGGGGAUUUAACUUUGUGAAGUCCAAUAACCGGACAAUUCAGUUCUACAAGUUCUGGUACUCAUCACAGGCAAUGUAUCCAGGGUACCAUGACCAGGAUACCCUUAACUUCAUCAAAUUCGAUCCUUUCAUCACAGAUAUUGGAUUGAAAAUGAGAUUCCUGGAUACUACGUACUUUGGGGGGCUUUGUGAACCCAGCAAGGAUCUAAGUCAAGUGUGCACAAUGCAUGCAAAUUGUUGUUUUGGACUGGACUCCAAGCUUAAUGACCUUAGGAUGAUGCUCGAGGAUUGGAAAGAUUUUAUGUCCCUAACGCCAAGGUUAAAGAGGUCACUCAAUUUGUCCUGGAGAGUUCCGGACAAAUGCAGUCUCGAAGCACUCAUUCAGUAUGGCUCGCCAGUGAACAAUGACCGAUGGUAUGGUUCACCAGCGAACAAUGUCCGAUUAUGAAUGCUACUCUAGAAUGAGUUGUAAAUACACUCAAUCUUUUUGAAGCGGAAGGUAUGCAAGUCACAUGUAGAGAAGGUAGAAAUUCCUUGUGCACAUUAGCACCUCUAUACGUAGUCCGACACACUUGAUGUACUGACAUAGUUUCUGGGAUAGAUUACUUUUAGUUGUAUGUACGUUAGUAGAGGCAUACGCCUCAUCUAUCGAGGCUCAUGUUUUUUCCCUUUUAAAUGUAAUAAAAAGAAGGAAACUACAUGACUAUCUC